UGAUCAUUGAUAAUAUAUUAUUUAUUAAAUAGACCAUUUUUAUAAAUGAUAGAAAAAAAAACACCAUUAAUCAUUGAACGAUUAUUGUCAUUUAAAGAACUAUCACCUCUUAUAACAAUAUUUGAUACAAUUUUACAAUCGUCAUGGCCACUUAUUUAUCAUUUUUUAAAAAGAGCAAAAUCUCUAAACAUAAUAUCUAUACAUAUGAAAACAGAAACUAGCAUCAUGCAUCAUGCUACUAGUGACUACAGCAUACCAUUAUUCUACAAAGAUAAUAAAAAUCUAAUGAGAAAAGAUUUAUCAACAUUAAUAUAUAAUAUCAAAGAAAUAAUAUCAAAAUACGAAAUAUCUCAAAGGUUUAUUAUACUCGUAGAUUCUAUUGAUGCAUUUAAUCUAACGAACAAAAUAAAUAUUUCAGAUAUAAUAACAUCAAUUUUAACAUUGAAUGGUUCUAUAACGUUAAUUUUGAUAAAUCAUUUAUCAAUACCUCUUCCAAAAUCAUAUCCAGUAUAUUAUCCAUUACCAUCAGAAUUACUAUCAUAUAUAUCAACAACCAUUAUUUCAAUUCAAUCAUUGUCACAUAAAAUAGCUAUUAAAAAUGCAAAAGAUAAGGCAUUGACUACACCACUUGAAAACGAUUCCUAUAUUGAAGGUGUUAUCGUUGCUUUAGAUUCAAAUGAUACAUCAGGGAUUUUCAUUGAUACAGAACAUCGUCGUAAAAAUGGAAAAUGUAUACAUGAAGAAUCUGUUUUAAUGUUAAAAACAGGUGUUAUUAAAUCUAUAGUAGAUAUUGAACAAUUUAAAAAAAAAACAUAUAUUAUUGAAAAGCAAAUAGAAGAUUUAAACAUUAAUUUUAAUUUAACACUUACAGAUAAACAAAAAAAACAAAAAGAAAACGUAAUUCUCCCUCAUUUUAAAUCACAAACUAUAUAUCAACCUGAAAGUUUAAUAUUCUAUACACCAGAUUCAGAAGAUGAUUUAGAUGAAGAAGAUCCAGACAAUGACUUAUUAUUAUGACAUUUUUCUACACUAAAAAUAAAAACACAACAUGCAUUAGUUUUU